GAAACGGAGUAUUGUGUUUCCUCAUUUCCUGUGAGCGGGACGGCGGAAAACUGAACUCUGGUGGGUGAGGAAGGUGACUGCGCAGGGAGGAUCUGCUGGCCGAUGCCGAUUUAGAGUCGUUUACGCCCGCGCAGAGACGCCCCCAACUCGGAGUCCGCCCGCGCGCGGGCAUCUCCCUGCAGUUUCUCCUCCGUGAGGCCUUCGGGUUUUAUUGGCUCGCAUCAUUUGGAGCUGCUAAAAUCUCAGGCUGCAGCAACAUAAUAUUAAAAACAAAAGAGCAAGCUAUUUCCUGUCGUAGCAACUGAUCUCCGCUCAGGCAUUUAAAAGAGGACAAUAUAAUCUGUGGCUUACAUGUCUGAGGUACCAGAAUUUGGGAAGAAAAGAAAAAGAGUUGAAGAAGCAGAUAGUGCAACUGAUAAAGAUGAGAAGGCAAAUUCUUCUAUUAAUGUGCUUGACACAACCAAUGUUGCUGUGUCAGAGGAUGGAAAAAUCUCAGCUGAAGAAGCAAAUAGAGCACCUUCUCAAGAUUCAAAGAAAGAGCCAUUUGUUACAGCAGAAGAUGAUAGAUCAAAAUUAGGUAAAGAAUAUUGUGACACAACUGAAAAGGGAGAAGUUGGUGCUUCUGAGAACCCAAGAUUAGAAAAUAGAAAAAGGACACGAGAUUCUGAACCUGAUUCUGAACAUGUCCCUGCAAAAAAAACACAUACAGAAGCUGUAGCAGCACAUUACAAUAAGCUUGAAGAAGUUGGGUUGGAACAACGGAGUAUGAGUCGCAUUUUCUAUCUUCGAAAUUUUAACAACUGGAUAAAGAGUGUUCUCAUUGGUGAAUUCCUUGACAAGGUACGACAGAGAAAGCAAAACAUUACUGUUCUAGACCUGGGAUGUGGUAAGGGUGGAGAUCUACUGAAAUGGAGAAAAGGAAGAAUAAGUAAGCUUGUGUGUACAGAUAUUGCUGAAAUUUCCGUGCAACAGUGCAAACAGCGAUACAUGGAUAUGAGAAAUCGUGGUCGUUCAAAUGACAGAAUUUUCAGUGCAGAAUUCAUAACUGCUGACAGCACCAAGGAGCUUCUGUCUAAGAAGUACAGUGAUCGGAACAUGUGCUUUGAUAUCUGCAGCUGUCAGUUUGUGUAUCAUUAUUCAUUUGAGACAUAUGAACAAGCUGACAUGAUGCUUAAAAAUGCAUGUGAGAGACUUUGCCAUGGAGGAUAUUUCAUUGGCACAACUCCCGAUAGCUAUGAACUUGUAAAACGUCUUGAAGCUUCUCAAACUGAUUCAUUUGGGAAUGAAGUAUAUACAGUAAAGUUUCAGAAGAAAGGAGAAUAUCCCUUGUUUGGCUGCAAGUAUGAUUUUAAUCUGGAAGGAGUGGUUAAUGUCCCAGAGUUCCUUGUCUAUUUUCCGUUGCUAGUAGAGAUGGCAAGGAAAUAUGGUAUGAAACUAGUCUACAGAAAGACUUUUCGGGAAUUCUAUGAAGAGAAGAUUAAGAAUGAAGAGCAUAAAAUGCUUUUGAAACAAAUGCAGGCAUUGGAGCAAUAUCCUGCUGAUGAACAUUCCAAGCUGGUAUCAAAUACAAAAGAUGACUACGAGUAUGCUGAAGGGUGCAAAAAUGAUGAAAAAAUGAAGCUACCUCUUGGAACACUGAGUAAAUCUGAAUGGGAAGCAACAAGUAUAUACUUGAUCUUUGCAUUUGAAAAGCAGCUGUAAAAAAAGACAAUGAAGAGAAACAUUUGAAGCAAUCUAGCAUCCAAAGUGACAGCUAUUUUAUAUUUUUAUGUUUAAGAGUGUGCAGGACACAACCAAACUGGACAAGCUUGUGUAUGAGUUAUGGUUGCCUGUCUGUGACAGAAGGAAUAUUUUACGUGCAUUUGUAUAAACAUGAGAUAGUUGGAAUUCUGUGGGCGUGGGUUCCUUUUUAUUUUUUACAAAACGCAUGUUUUUUAAUGCUUAAAGGAAAAAUGCUCAAGAUGCUUAAAAGAAAAGAAAACACUUGCCACAUAGUUUACCUGCUGCAUGACAGCUUUCUGGAUGUUGUAUGUAGCUGUCAUUUGUGUGAUGAUGCAUCUGUUGCAAAGCUGCCUCAAAAGCUAAGGCAGAUGAGGAUUUGGGUAAAGUUCAUCUAGCUGUGUGGUUAGAGGCUAGAUGUGACCAGCUCUCUGUAUAGAUAUAGCUCCUCAAAGUAGGAUACCAAGUUCAAAUGUUAGCUUGAAAUUGCCCAUUGUCACUGGUUAGCUAUACAAAGUUGUAAAGAAACAAAUUAGCAAAUGUAGAAAUCAGUGACAGCUGAAUUCAGUACCCACAAAUGCAACAGAAAAUCCCUGCAUCUGAUUGAGAGCUUAUGGACACUUUUGUGUACAGAGCACUCCUGUGUGGGUCUGUUUGUAGGCCCUUUUUAAUAAGCCAGUAACUAUAUAACUAUGAAGCUCUUGCAUGCUAUGAACUCUCUGUGCAUCAGGUUGACUGACAUCAUCCCUACCUUGGACUCUAUCUGAGUUACACAUUGCAGUAUUUUCAGAGUGUUAAAUCAUUGUAAUAGUUGUUUGGGGUGGGAUGGGAUGGGGAAGAUCUUGGAGGAAACCUAGUUUGCUGUUUGUAUUCUUUUGUGUGUAAUUGCCUUUCAUAUUGUAUGAGAUCAGGAUUAAAUAACCUUUCUGUUCUGUACAA